CAAGUUAAUGCGAUAAGAAUUUCUAGCUUUUCAUUUUAAUCCAAAUUGAUUAUACAAUAUUAUAAUGAACAGCAUAAUUGGCUUUUCUAAACAGCAAGCAGUCUCUCUUACGAGCUUUAAUCGCGCGGUUGUUCCAAUGCCCGAGUUUCGCUUCAAAUUAUUUGCUUGCCUUUCUGUGGCUUUCUACUGCAAUCUUAGCGUUAUAGCUGGUGAUUAUGUGUGCAAAGAAAAUGACUAUUUUGGCCAUUGUAAGUUAUAUGAAAACUGCCCGAACCUACAGGAUACUCCAUUAACAAAGGACAUGCUGAAUCCUAAGGAUUGUAAAUACUCUAGACUAAGUGGUCCUGUUAUAUGUUGCCCCCGAAGGAGACGACAACAACGGCCUUUUAGAAGGCCAACAACAACAACUACAACAGAAAGGCCAAAUCAGCGGUAUAUGCAUUUUGCGCUUAAUAAAGAAACCAAUCUUAGAAAUUCGAAAAAGCUCCAUCCGGAGGGAUUGGCACUACUAAACAAACCCAAUUGCGGUAAAAUUAAUGAUGAUCGUAUGGCCAAUGGUAUAAGCGCUACACAAGGCGAAUUUCCAUGGAUGGCCAUGUUACUUUAUGCGCGGAUGGAACCAUUGUGUGGUGCUUCGGUCAUAACAGAACGCUUUGUCCUCACAGCGGCCCAUUGCAUUUCGAACGAUUUACAAGCUGUGCGCUUAGGCGAACACAGAAUUUCCACCAAAAACGACUGUAUACUCCACAUUUGCCAAACUCACGUAGACUUUGUAAUCGAUCCACACCAGAAACCCAUAAUUCAUCCCGAUUACAAGUCGCUAAAUUACCAUAAGGAUAUCGCUCUGAUAAAGCUUAAUAUGGACAUAGAUUUUAGACGUUACCAGCACAUAGCACCCAUUUGCUUGCCCACGAUGCCAUCGGAUUAUAAUAUUUCGCCACACGAUGAUUUAGUAUUAGCUGGCUGGGGCCUACAAGAACACGAUCGCUCUGUUGACGUACUUCAAAAAGGUCAGUUGAUACUCAAAGCAUUGGAUAUUUGCAAGAACUUAUACCCACGUUUUAAAAUUGACAAUUCGAAGCUUUGUAUUCAAGCUGGAACUAACCAAACGGUGUCUUGUCGUGGAGAUUCUGGAGGUCCACUAUUUUGGAAAACCGCUUACCUAAGUGGUAGAUUCAUAAGAAAGCAUUACACUCAAAUUGGUUUGGUCUCUUUGGGUUACGGGAAGGAAUGUGGUGAAUUAACUACGGAACCUUUUAUGUAUGAAAACGUAACGGAUUCCAUGGUUUGGAUAACUCACACUCUUUAUAAAGCACAUUUUAACAAUGAAAACAAUGUAAACCCAUAUAGUGCCCCACACUAUUUCAACUCAAAUUUUAUGAUUUAUUAAUAUUCACAACGAACAUAAAUAAUUUAUUAUUUCAAAAUUGUUAAAGGAAGUAUUUCAUUAUUCGAGUAAAUACUUGUAAAUAUAUUGUAUAAUUAAUCAUAUUUCUAUAGUCUCAUGCAAGUACGUAUGAAUACCUACAUAUGUAAGAUUUAUGAGAAUGACUACGCGAAAUGAAAUAUAUACAUACAGCGAAUCAAAAAAGUUUUGGCACAAGCGUGUUUUUGAUAAUA